CCGAUUUAUUGACACCAGAUGGCGGCACGGUGAAGCCGAACUGUAAUGGCUGCCGUGGAUUUCGAUUCGUUGUUGCUCCUGUUGAAAGCAACGUCGAAACAGCACGUUAAUGACCUUUGUAGGGAUGCUUUUCUCUGUCAGGACCUCCCACCCAAGCACUUAGUGGUACAAUGUGCAGGGAGAUUAUCCAUCGAACAUGCGGAUGCCUUAAAGCUGUUGAACUCUCUAUCUUCAUUAACAAAGCUAGCAGUUUUCCGUAACUGUUCCACACCCGAAUUGGUCGCUUCCUUAUUUCCGUCGGAAUUCCACAAAAAUCUAAAAGAAUUACUGGCGAAGAUAAUAGCCGACAGAUUUCAACAGUGGGAAUCGGAAGCAUUAGAUAACAUGGUUUCACUACCGAGAUUAAAGGAUUUCGGAUGGAGGGUCGACAUGAAAAUGGCAUCUAGUGAUAUUGCCAGAAUUAAUGCGCUCUCUUGCAUUCUACAUUUAGCGAUUGAAGACAACAGUUCCUGUGACUCCGAUACGGUCUCGAAUGUAAACGUGGAAUUAAAUAAAGAAACGUUGGAUACAAUGCUUCACGGACUGGGUAGGAUACGCGACCAACUUUCGGCCGUAUCUAGAAAAUAAUGUGGUAUUAAAGCAUGCUAAUUUACUGUAAGUUAUCAGAAAUGUAUUAAUGUAGUUGAAAUUGUUUUGUAAAUAUUUUUUAUAAAUAUGUUAUUAGAAAAUUAUAAAUAAUAUAAUUUAAAAAAAUUUGAUAAAUAA